AUGCGUUUCUUCUCCACCUUCGCUUCAGCUGCGGCCCUUUUUGAACUGAGCAUAGCUGGCUAUGUUCUGGAAGACGAUUACAUGACCGAUUUCUAUGGUGGAUUCGACUUCUUCACUGGGGCAGAUCCGACGGAAGGCUUCGUGCAAUAUGUCGACGAGGCGACAGCGCGACAGACGAACCUUAUCAACGCAUCUAUGACUACAGCGGUACAGUGGGGCGUUGACUCCCAGAAAAAGACUCCAAAAGGAAGACCUAGUGUACGGAUUGAAAGUAAAAAAACGUACGAUAGUGGACUGAUCGUCCUGGAUGUUGCGCACAUGCCGUUUGGUUGCGGCACCUGGCCUGCCUUCUGGACUGUCGGGCCCAACUGGCCAAAGAAUGGAGAAAUCGACAUUCUCGAAGGUGUCAACGAAAUGGAUCACAACGGCAUGACUCUGCACACUGGCCCGAACUGUGCGAUCGGCCAAGACACCGCUCAAUUCUCGGGAGAAGUCACUACACCAAACUGUGACGUCGCCGCCGAAGAUCAGUCAAAGAACGUCGGAUGCAGCAUUAAGCACCCAUCUAAACAAAGCUACGGCGCCGGCCUGAACAAAAUUGGAGGAGGUGUAUAUGCGACGCAGUGGACCGCAGACGCUAUCAGCGUUUACUUCUUCCCGCGCGACUCGAUUCCCGCGGAUGUACUUGGCGACAGCCCGGAUCCCAGCGGUUGGGGCUUACCAGCGGCAAAGUUCACGGGUAGCUGCGAUAUUGAGAAGACAUUCAAGGAGCAGAAGAUUGUCUUCGAUACAACGUUCUGCGGCCAGUGGGCUGGCAAGAUCUGGGGAAGUGGGUCUUGCGCGAAGAAGGCGACUACGUGCGAGGAAUAUGUGAGGGACAACCCAGAGGCAUUUGCGGAGGCAUACUGGACAGUCAAUGCGUUGAAGGUGUAUCAGGACAAUGGCGAGGCAACUAAUCCGUCCCCGCCUACGAAACCGAGCCAGAGCAUUGCCAUCUCGCUACCUCUACCUAUCCCGACGAAUAAUAGUAGCUUCUCCACUAGAGCACCCCCAAGCCUCCCUAAGACAUCUGCGCCGGUUCCUAUCUCGACAGCUUCCGAUGUCGUUGCACCUGUUCCUACCACCGACACCAGUUCGAAGGUACCUUCAGAGACUGCCAUAGUCUCUGCUACGCGACUACCUAACAAUGGAUCUGCUUCACGCGUUUCGUCUGCUAGUCUUCCAAAUUCCAAGACACAAGCAGGAUCCGGCUCUGCGAGGCAAACACGGGCUACUGGGGCACCAAUCGCAGCACCAACUGGCGCGAAUGGCAUGCCUGGCUUUCAGUGGCCGCUUGGUGGAGCCGGCCAACCUGGUAAUGCACCUACCACGACUGCUGUUGCAUCACCCUCGAAAGUCACUCAAUCACCAGUCCAGAACACGACUAUCGGUUCUGUCGCCGCUUCUUCAACGGCGCAGAGUGUCGCCCAGCCUUCAGCUAUACCUGUGGUAUCCAAUGCGCCUGCCCCAAUACCCACUGACACCAAAGACGCUCCUCUAGCGAUCCUAUCCGUGCCCAUCGUCACCGAUAUUGUCGAAGCAAUACAGACGGUAUAUCACACGGUGUAUGUUACUGUUCCUAGUGCCGCGGAAGAGACGCCAGCCCCUGCUGCGAAGAAGGCACGGAUGGCGAGGCAUAUUAGGGAGCACAGGCAAAGGCUGACAAGACAUAAUAUGCGGAUGUGA